AUGACCACUCCUGUUACCUUGAACGUGGGAGGCCACCUGUACACCACCAGUAUAUCCACCCUGCAGCGCUAUCCAGACUCCAUGCUGGGCGCCAUGUUCCGGGGAGAUUUUCCCACUACGCGAGAUUCCCAGGGUAACUAUUUCAUCGAUCGCGACGGAACACUUUUCCGUUAUAUCCUGAAUUUCCUGCGGACGUCUGAGCUGACGCUUCCUGUGGAUUUCACGGAGACAGACCUGCUGAGGAAGGAGGCAGAUUUCUAUCAGAUUGAACCACUGAUCCAGUGCCUUCAUGAUCCCAAGCCACUGUACCCACCUGACAUCUUUGAGCAGGUCGUUGAGCUUUCUAGCACUAGGAAACUGUCAAAGUACUCAAACCCAGUUGCUGUUAUCAUCACGCAGCUUACCAUAACGACCAAGGUUCAUGCCUUGUUGGAGGGUAUUUCCAACAACUUCACCAAAUGGAACAAACACAUGAUGGACACCAGAGACUGUCAGGUUUCCUUCACCUUCGGACCAUGUGACUAUCAUCAGGAGGUGUCCCUUCGGGUUCACCUUAUGGACUAUAUCAUGAAACAAGGCUUCACCAUUCGGAACACGCGUGUGCAUCACAUGAGUGAGCGUGCAAACGAGAACACCGUGGAGCAUCACUGGACUUUCUGUAGGCCUGCUCACAAAGUUGAAGACUGA